AUUCAAGUAAUUAAUAUUCACUUCCAAUUGUCCCACAUCUUUGCGUGAUAUCUAGUCUAGUCUUUAGUAGAUUGAAAAACAUGUUACCUAGCAGCUGAGCAAGGCAGUGGAUGGCUGCCUUUGGCAAAGGGGACCAGAGUUUAAAUCCCAGUCAUGAAUGCUACAAUUGUAAUGGGGUAUGCUCGGCCCUAAUUCCAAUACCCGGUACCAAAUACAGAUGAAAAUGAUUGGGAUGCAUCAGGAAGGGCAUUUGGUCCCCAACACCCGAUGAGACCAAGAGAGGGCGCCAUAGACUGUGAAAAGAUCGUGAGUAAUUUGAGUACAUUGGAUUUGUGUGUCCAGGAAUUAUCUGGAUGGUGCAGGCAAUGCUUUGGGGCAAAAUAGUUUGUCAACCAUUCAUAUUUAUUUAUUUAGUUUACUCGACUUGGUCAACUUUUUUUCCCCAAGCCCUAGUUGAGAUCCGGCCUGGACCCCGUCGCAGCUUCCAUUAGUUGAGAAAAGCUAGGCCCUCACUGGUCACCAGUUACAGAUAGGGCACAUCCAACAGUUUUUGAUAGUGUGUCACCUCAAUAGGGUCAUGUUAAUAGGGGUGGGGCGCACGGAGCGGGCGUAUUAAAGAAACCUUGAAUAGGGAUCACAGAUGGAUGACCAGGCCGCAAUAGAUGGCAACUGGUUAACAUUUAUCAUAUGAAUCGCUCGGGUUAAGGUUAAGAACCACUGCUCUAACCAAUACAGAGAAUGGUCUAGAACAGUGGAUCUUAACCUGGGUUCGAUCGAACCUUUGGGAUUCGGUGAAUGGGUCGCAGGGGUUCGACAGAGCCUCUACAUAUACAAUAAAAAAAAACUUGAAUUUGUUUUUUUCUGUUUUUACAAAUGCAUUUUUUGACGUCUUUGUAAAAAAAAUUCACAAUGCUCUAGAAUGUGCUAACUUUUACGCUUUCAGAAUCGCCAAAGGACUAGUAUAUUGUGAGCAUCAGGUUCGGGACGGAAGACGAGGGACCGCUAAGUCAACAAGAUAACACGGUGCUAAAAUCAUACCUUACACACAGAAGCUGUCUAAUUUAUAUAUUCUUCCAUCCCAUUCCUUGAAUACCACCUUGAGGGAUUAUGAAUAAGGGACUUAAAAUGAAUACUUCAAAUAAAUUGUCAAUGCCAUUAAUGCAGAAAUUGAGUUGGGGAAUGCAUUUUUCUUUUAUGCAGUGUCUUAGGGAUAUCCUCUGUGCUCAUCUUCUUAAAUGAGUGGUUAUAUUGGGGUUGGGCGCACUUGGGGGAGCCGUGCAAUUCUUUCCCAUUCAGCUGGGAGAGCCUUUCAAAGCUUUUCAAGUGGCCCAGCUGUCCCAAACUGUCACGCAUGCUCUUGCAUGGCGAGCCAGGCUGGGAAGGGCUGGACAGGCAUUUCUCUUCUGAACUUCCCACCUGUUGGAGCCUCAUUUGGAACAUCAGCCAGAAGGAAGUGGAGUUCGACAUUUAUGCUUCUCGAUACGUCUUGCACCCAGUACCGUAGCUGUGUACCAUGGCCAACUAUGAUUCAUUGGAUGACAAGGACUCUGUGGAUAUUCAUGAUAACCCCCCUCUCCCAGAUAAUGUCAUGAAAGAAAAAGAUAACACGGUCUAUUUCAUCUAUGACGAGGAGGUGGAGGAAGAAGAACGAGAUGAACCCCCACCGCCGGAGUCCAUCAAACCCAUCAACGAUCGGCCGCACAAGUUCAAAGAUCAUUACUGCAAGAAGCCCAAAUUCUGCGAUGUGUGCGCGCGCAUGAUUGUUUUAAACAACAAGUUUGCGUUGCACUGCAAGAACUGCAAAACCAGCAUCCAUCACCAGUGUCAGUCCUAUGUGGAGUUCCAGAGGUGCUUUGGCAAAAUUCCUCCAGGCUUCAGGAGAGCAUACAGUUCUCCUCUGUACAGCAGCCAGCAGAAUGCGACUGUCUCCCAGCUGUUGCCUUUCUCGCAGUCCAAUCGCACGGACCCCGUGUUUGAGACUCUGCGCAUCGGUGUCAUUAUGGCCAACAAGGAGCGCAAGAAAGGCUCAGAGGACAAAAAGAACAUGAUGAUGAUGAUGGAGGACGACGAGUCCCAGCCCAAACAGCAGGAGAAUGGGGCUGAAGGAGCUAGCUCAGAGGGAGACAAGCGAGGAGACAAGGCUGCAGCAGAAGACAAGAGUAAAAAGCCUCAGCCAGGGAAGAUUGGCUUGUUCAGUCAGUCUCAUUACUAUUUGGCCCUGUACAGCUUCAAGGCUAUUGAGAAAGAUGACCUGGACGUACACGCUGGCGACUGCAUCACAGUGAUCGACGAUUCCAAUGAGGAGUGGUGGCGGGGGAAGAUCGGCGAGAGGACGGGCUUCAUCCCGGCUAACUACAUCAUCCGAGUACGAGCUGGAGAGCGAGUGUACAAGGUGACACGUUCCUUUGUUGGCAACAGAGAGAUGGGCCAGAUUACACUGAAGAAAGACCAGAUUGUGGUGAAGAAAGGUGAUGAGGUGAAUGGUUACCUGAAAGUCAGCACAGGACGCAAGCUCGGCUUCUUCCCUGCCAAUUUACUGCAGGAGAUCUGAAGAUGUCUUUGUCAAUUGUCAUCUGAGGGUGGGAGCAGCGAGUAGGUGGACACAGGUCACUUCCGCCCCGAGAAACUGCUUCUCCCGUCCGAUGCCACACAGCAGGAUAUUUAAGCAGAUACAUUUCAGGAAUAAUAUGCCCUAGAUGUCUAAAAAGUCACCAGUCAAGACGGCACCUGUUCAUCCCUCACUCGAUCUCAGUUAAGCAACCUUAUAGUUUGUCUUCUAUUUUGUUGCAAACAUAGAUAGAUAAAUAAAUAAAUAGGAUGGAUUGGGGGUGAGGGGG